AUGACCCAGGCCCCCGACAAUAUGGAGGACCCUCUUAACCUGGGCGGCGGCUGCGGCUGGGCAUCCUCGGGCCCCUUGCCCAACUGGUCCACCUGCCCCCGGAGGCGCAGGGGCGCUCCGAUGUACAAGCGGCGGCAGCGCUACGGCCCCAAGGCGGAGUAUGAGCCCCCGAGGAAGCAGCCCAAGUACCAUUAUGGCCGGGGCCCCUGGUUCCAACCGCCCCGACGGCCCGCUUGGGCCAUGUAUUCCCACUGGGGGCACUGGGGAGGGCCCUGGCACCCUCCUCCUACCACAUUCCGGAAGCCCCCGAGACAGGUGCAAGUGAUCCGAGUGUAUGGCCUGCCUCCAUUCUGCCUCUGCUGCUGCUCCUGCUGGUGCGGGCCCUGGAACCCCUGCUGGAUGAGACCCCCAGGCAGGAAGAAGCGCUGGGGUCGCAGGGGCCGCGGCCUGCGUCGCCCCUCUCGCCGCCCCUUACCGAAGAACCCACCAGCGGAGCUGAACAAGCUCCUUCGUCCCGUCAACGUGUACGGGUGGCAGGCGCCCGGAAUGCGUGCGCCGCCCAACACCACGCAGUUCAUCAUGAACCAGAUUUACGAGGACAUGAGGCAGCAAGAGAAGCUGGACCGCCAGCAGGAGGCGCUGCGCAUGCAGCAGGCCCAAGCCGGAGGCCAGGCCUCCCCAGCGGGCUCCUCCGGAAACGAUGUGCCCUCCGUUGGCGGCGAGGAAGAAACCUUUUAUGGCUUUGCGCAAAAUCCCUCUCUACUACUCAGUCCCGCCCCAGAGGAGGAAAUGCAGUCGCUCAUCCCGCAACUGGUGGAGGAAGAGGAAGAGAAAAAUGAAGAGAAGUAUGACAAGGUGGUGUACGAUGCAAGAGAGGAGAGUGAGGAGGAAGAAGCUGAGGAAGAGGCGGAGGAGGAGGAGGAGGAGGAGGUCGAAGAGGCUGACUAUAUGGAGGAGGGGGAGGAGGAAGAGGAAGCAGAAGAGGAUGAGGGGCUAGUUCCGCAGGAGGAUGGGCAGAGAGAGGAAGAAAACCCCUUGCCUCUGGAAAUGCCUUUAUCAGUCUUAGUAGGGGAUGAAGAAGAGAGAGAGGACUUUGUAAGCUAUGCUUAUUUCAGCCCAGAACAGAUAAUUCCCCAGUUGCCACAGGAUGCUCUAUUCUUGGUACCGGACAUUAACUGUUAG